UUUCUACCCAAAAUCAUGGCAGCUCAGCCCAACGGAACGGCGGAAGCUCCUAUUGAGGUCCCGGCACUGCCGACGGUCGUCGGUAUCAACUUUGGCAAUUCGUACGCCUCGAUAUCCGUCCUUGCGAAGGAAGGAGGGGCAGAAUGCAUCGCUAACGAGGACGGUGAGCGCCAGAUUGCGUGUGCCAUCGCGUUCCAUGGCGAGGAGCUGUACAUCGGCAACCAAGCCAAGCACCAGCUUGUAAAGAACUCCCAAAACACCAUCACGAGCUUCCGCAACCUCCUUGGCAAGAAGUUCUCCGAGAUCUCUGCUACUGCUGCCCCCGUCUCCGCGCCGGUCAUCCAGCACCCAGAGAUCGCCGAUGAGCCUGCCUACAAGGUCAAGGUUCUCCAACCCGCUCCCUCUCCCCUUCCUACCAAUGCAACGAACACCCCUGCCGCCUCGCACGCCGCAACCCCCCGUUCGGAGCCCGUCUCUGUCGAGCGCAUCCUUACCGUGUCCGAGGUCACGUCGAUUUUCCUCAAGUCUCUGAUCCAGUCCGCAGAAGCAUACCUCGGAAAGAAGGUUCAGGGUGCUGUUAUCACCAUCCCCACCUGGUUCGAGCAGGCGCAGAAAGACGCGCUCGAGAAGGCCGCGAAUGACGCUGGUAUCACCGUGCUUCAGCUCCUGGAGGAGGCCGGUGCUGCCGCCGUCAGCACGACGUCCACUGCGUUGCCAGAAGGCCUUGCCGCCGACCGCACGCAGCUCUUGGUCGACCUCGGCGCAUCCGCCCUGUCGCUGUCGCUGCUCUCCAUCCGCGACGGUCUCGUGCACUCGCUUGCGUCUCUUACGGACCACACUGUCGGCGGUGACGCGAUCGACGACAGGCUCGUCAAGUUCUUCGCAAAGGAGUUCACGAAGAAGACGAAGGCGCCGUUGACGGUGGCUCCCGCGACGGAUGCGCAGGACCGCCGCGCCGAGGCGAAGCUCCGCCUCGCGCUCGAGCACACCAAGCGCACCAUCUCCGCGUCGCCCGGCGCGGCCACUUGCUCCGUUGAGUCGCUCAAGGACGGCCUCGACUUCACCGGCACGAUCACGCGUCUGCGCUUCGACAUGGAGGUGCGCACGAUCUACGACACCGUAUACGCAAAGGUCAAGGAGCUCGUCGCGGCUGCCGGCUUCGACCUGUAUGACGUCGACGAGAUCGUGUACGCCGGCGGGUCUGCGAGCCUCCCCGGGCUGGACGAGGCGCUCUCACAGGGCUUUUCCGAGACGGUCGUCACCCCGUUCACGCAGGGUACUGUCGUCGGUGGCGGUGUUGGUGACCCGACUACGAUCCUCUCGCGUGGCGCCGCACUGCAGGCGAAGAUCCUCAUCCAACUCGCGGAGAGCACGGACGAGGAGCGCGAGGUCAAGGCGUCGUUCACCCACGGACACCAGUACACGCAGGCGAAGGCGACGUCGAAGACGAUCGGCCUCCUCUUCCCCGAGGAGAGUGCGGGCGAGAGCUCGCUCGGCGGCCAGUGGGUCCCGGUCCUCCUGAAGGAGACGCCCGUCCCUGCGCGCCGCAUCGUCGCGUUCGAUGUCGACCUCGGAGAGGGUGAGGGCGAGAAGAAGCUCGGCUUCGAGGUGUGGGAGGCGAAGGAGGGCAUCAAGAUCGAGAAGGUCAAGCUGCCCAAGCUCGAGGACGAGGGCGGAGCUGAAGACGAGGAAGAGGAGGACGAAGAGGAGGAGGUCAAGGAGAAGACGGUCGAAAAGGAGAACGUUCUCACUUCGAUCUCGUUCGUCGCGACGCAAGCGAAGCAGAAGGGCGGCCGCUGGACGACGAGGUUAGAGGUGACGGUCAAAGUCGGCGAGGACGGCGCACUCGAGGUCAGCGCGGUGGAGGUCGGUGCGUCAGGGAAGGGUGAAAAGACCGUCGCGACGGUCGCUGCUCCCUGAUCUGUUUUCUGUUGUACACUUGGGACACAUAGACUUGUACUGAACACUGUUUUCGCUGCACGCGCGUAGCUAUAUGCAGCAUCAUGUGAAACGCGACAAAUAUGACGC